GGUGGGGGUUGCAUCUCCGCGACCAGGAAACGGGAAAGAUGGCGACGGUUCCGCGACGUUGAGGCCGCGUUGGGCGGUUCAGACUCAGGGUGAUGGCAGGAGAGCUGGCUGACAAAAAGGACCGGGAUGCAUCACCUUCCAAGGAGGAAAGGAAGCGAUCACGGACACCUGACAGAGAGCGGGAUAGAGACCGGGACCGGAAGACUUCCCCAUCUAAAGAUAGGAAGCGGCAUCGUUCAAGGGAUAGACGUCGAGGAGGCAGCCGUUCUCGCUCUCGUUCCCGUUCCAAAUCUACAGAAAGAGAACGACGGCACAAAGAACGAGAACGAGAUAAGGAGCGGGAUCGGAAUAAAAAGGACCGAGAUCGAGACAAGGAUGGGCACAGACGGGACAAGGACCGUAAACGAUCCAGCUUAUCUCCUGGCCGAGGAAAGGACUUUAAAUCUCGGAAGGACAGAGACUCUAAGAAGGAUGAAGAGGAUGAACAUGGUGAUAAGAAGCCUAAGGCCCAGCCAUUAUCCCUGGAGGAACUUCUGGCCAAGAAAAAGGCUGAGGAAGAAGCUGAGGCUAAGCCCAAGUUCCUCUCCAAAGCAGAACGAGAGGCUGAGGCUCUAAAGCGACGGCAGCAGGAGGUGGAGGAGCGGCAGAAGAUGCUUGAAGAAGAGAGGAAGAAAAGGAAACAGUUCCAAGACUUGGGCAGGAAGAUGUUGGAAGAUCCUCAGGAACGGGAACGUCGGGAACGCAGGGAGAGGAUGGAGCGGGAGACCAAUGGAAAUGAGGAUGAGGAAGGGCGGCAGAAGAUCCGGGAAGAGAAGGAUAAGAGCAAGGAACUGCAUGCCAUUAAGGAGCGUUACCUGGGUGGCAUCAAAAAGCGGCGCCGAACGAGACAUCUCAAUGACCGAAAGUUUGUUUUUGAGUGGGAUGCAUCCGAAGACACAUCCAUCGACUACAAUCCCCUGUACAAAGAACGGCACCAGGUGCAGUUACUGGGGUGAGGCUUCAUUGCAGGCAUUGACCUCAAGCAGCAGAAACGAGAGCAGUCACGUUUCUAUGGAGACCUAGUGGAGAAGAGACGAACCCUGGAAGAAAAGGAGCAGGAGGAGGCAAGACUCCGAAAACUUCGUAAGAAGGAAGCCAAGCAGCGCUGGGAUGAUCGUCAUUGGUCUCAGAAAAAGUUAGAUGAGAUGACGGACAGGGACUGGCGGAUCUUCCGUGAGGACUACAGCAUCACCGCCAAAGGCAGCAAGAUCCCCAAUCCCAUCCGAUCUUGGAAAGACUCUUCUCUUCCCCCACACAUUUUGGAGGUCAUUGAUAAGUGUGGCUAUAAGGAACCAACACCUAUCCAGCGUCAGGCAAUUCCCAUUGGGCUACAGAAUCGUGACAUCAUUGGUGUGGCUGAGACUGGCAGCGGCAAGACAGCAGCCUUCCUCAUCCCACUGCUGGUCUGGAUCACCACACUUCCCAAAAUUGACAGGAUCGAAGAGUCAGACCAAGGCCCUUAUGCCAUCAUCCUGGCUCCCACCCGUGAGUUGGCUCAACAGAUUGAGGAAGAGACCAUUAAGUUUGGGAAGCCGCUAGGCAUCCGCACUGUGGCUGUCAUUGGUGGCAUCUCCACAGAAGACCAGGGCUUCAGGCUGCGCAUGGGCUGUGAGAUUGUGAUCGCUACCCCUGGGCAUUUGAUUGAUGUGCUGGAGAACCACUACCUGUUGCUAAGCCGCUGUACCUAUGUGGUUCUGGAUGAGGCAGAUAGGAUGAUUGACAUGGGCUUUGAGCCAGAUGUCCAGAAGAUCCUGGAGCACAUGCCUGUCAGCAACCAGAAGCCAGACACGGAUGAGGCUGAGGACCCUGAGAAGAUGCUGGCCAACUUUGAGUCAGGAAAACAUAAGUACCGCCAAACAGUAAUGUUCACGGCUACCAUGCCCCCAGCGGUGGAGCGUCUGGCCAGGAGCUAUCUUCGACGACCUGCUGUGGUGUACAUUGGUUCCGCAGGCAAGCCCCAUGAGCAUGUCGAACAGAAGGUCUUCCUCAUGUCAGAGUCAGAAAAGAGGAAAAAGCUGCUGGCAAUCUUGGAGCAAGGCUUUGACCCACCCAUCAUUAUUUUUGGACGAGCAGGCAAGAGUGGGGUGGCCAUCACCUUCCUCACAAAAGAGGACUCUGCUGUGUUCUACGAGUUGAAGCAAGCCAUCCUGGAAAGCCCAGUGUCUUCCUGUCCCCCUGAGCUAGCCAACCAUCCAGAUGCCCAGCAUAAGCCAGGCACCAUCCUCACCAAGAAGCGCCGUGAAGAGACCAUAUUUGCCUGACACAGCACUCUUCCCGUGGGCUGAGGGCAUCUCCGAAGCUGCCUCUUGCCUCUUCAGAACCCUCACAUCCCUCUUCCUAGGUCCUCACGCUUGGGUUAUGGGGGCUUAAGAAAACAAUCAGACUUCCUAGCCCAGACCCUCAGGUCAGGAGGCCUGCGUGUGGGGCUGCAAAAGGAGAGGAUGACGCUGUCGGAGGUAGGGAGAACAAAUUACUGCAGCUUUUUGGCCCACCUCUGCCCUUCUUUGCUUUGGGAUUGCAGUGGGCCAUCGCCUCAUGCCAGGAUAUGGGGGCAGCCAGCCGGCAUUGCUCUCCAGACUGAACAGAAUCCUGGCUGCCUGAGCGACCUCCUUUGGCACAGACUUGACUGUGUAAUGAUAUAAACUGGCAGCAUUGUUGCCCUAGAUGCCCCAGGAGACCUGGCACCAUGAGGAUUAUGGACAGUGGAAUCUUACUGUCAUCUGGACAGCUGUUUUCCCAUUUGGAUUGUAAAGCAAGUUGAGAGCCUUUAGACCUGUGCACAGCCAUGCACCAAGGGGUGCUAUGUGCUCUGGGCAUCCCUCCCCCAGGGUAUUUUCUAAGUAGAUGGGGGACAGGGUGAACUGGCUGUGUCCAGCUUUGUCACUGAGUGAAAUCUCUGUUUUCUAUUCUCUGAGAAGAUAAGUUUGUAUGUUCUGAGAAUAAAUACAUGAAUAUUAAGGCUU